UUUCGCGGGAGAAGGGAACCAGGAUCAAGAAGAAAGUGAGUGAGGCCACACUCUGCGUACUUUUUUGGAGAGAUUUUGUACUCUCUUUCUCUUGAUCCGUACAGGAUACAAGUAACGGGGCACCCGCCGAGACCAUCGUCUCGUCCCUGUUACCCCGAGAGGUAUUUCUCGUUCCCUUGCAAUUUCGGUCGCAGCCCAGCGUGGACGUUGAGUACGGACGACGAACACACAGAGAUCCUUCUUCUUAAUUAUUUGGCCAUUGGAGUUGAGCUUUGGCGAGCGAGCGCGUAACAACGGGAGGGAAGAAAGAACAAAAGAAAAAAGAAAAAGGCUGGCUGGUUCCCGCACUAUCAAGGGUAGCCCUUGGCUCGCCUACACCUCAGACUUUCGACAGUGCCGGCUUGUCAACGACUGGUUCAUACCUUACCUUGCCUUGCUUUCCUUGCCCACCACGACGGCGACGGGGACGAACUAAGGCUGCGGCUACAGAUGCCAGACGCUUCUGCGGAUACAUUCUACAGUUCAUCGGAGCAGGUGUACUACGAACGGAGUACGGAUACGACAGAGCGCGUGCAAGAAAGAGAGAGAGUGUGUGAAAGGAGUACGGAGUAAGUAAAGGUACCUCGAAACAAUUAGAUACCAAGACACGACCACGACCACCCCGACCACCACUUUCACACUCGAGGUUCGCUACCUCGACCACUUGCACUUCCACAUGAUAUGAACAUAUUCCCUACCCUCUGCCCCCCUUCGUCACACUUACACUUUCUUGUCAUCUCACCCUUUCGCCCAUCCCACCCGUCAACAUCCGACACCGCCAAAACUAUUUCCUCUUCACAGUCACGCAGCCUAACUCAUCAGGCAGGGCAGAUUCGUUGCGCUUUGCAUAUCCACUCUCUACAUCCCAGAGGCAAACGGUGCGCGGCAGGCAAGGUUCGAGCAUUGAUACAGACGGAUAUCCCUACUCGCCCAGCAUUCUCGACUCGGACUGGCAUUUAUACCGGAUUUAGCGGAACACAUUGCAAUCCGAGUCGCGUUACAGCCAGAAGUCUCCUCACCACAUCUCAGUGGCUCGCGUCGUGGGAAAUUGUCUCCUCACUCUUCAGUGUUCCACCCCCCGAACAGGCGCAGCAUAAUCGCGCGUCAAAAAACGCUCAAGCGCCGCCAUACAAAGCAGCCAUCAUCCCUCGACUCGGACAAACCCUUGAGACGGGGAGAAAGGAAAGAGACGGGCCUUGAACAAUUGGACACAAGGGCAGCGGCAAGAAGCUGGACUAAUACUCUAUUCUCACCCUUUUUAUUUUUCCAUCUUUCUCUUUCUCAACUUUGGGGAGAGAGAAGACGAGAGAGAGACAGAGAGAGGCGCACGGUACCUUUAAGGAGAACAACGCCGGCGCAGUUUCCCCUUUGGUUCCUUUGAUACUCUCUACUUCCUCGCAGGCGACACACCGAAUCGCAGGCGCGAACAUUCAUCUGCCUGCUUCCGUCUCAUACGCGCACUCACAACACACACACAUCUCACCACUGCCAUCACUACCACCGGUACGGCAAAUUGCGAGCAAAUUGCGGAGCUCAUUGUCUACAUUAGAUCCCAAUUUCGACCUUGGGCGUCUCCAUCGUCAUCGUCAUUGUCAUCCCUGGCCGGACGCAACCGCAAUACGAACCCCGUCGGCCAAGCCAAGACCACGCAUGUGCUGAACUGCUCCAAAGGCCGAUUUCAUCUGGACCACCUACUUCUUCUCCAACGCAGACAGAACAUCGCAUCUACGGAUACUCCUAGCUCGUUUCCUCGUGUCGGAUCCAAGGCUGUAGCAGUCCUGGGUUACCGCUAGCAAACAUAGCCAGCAGCAGUACUACACAGUACACGCAACUCUCAAGUCGGGUUGUUGUCAAGGCAGCCAAAAACUCCAGACAAGAUCCCAAUAGGGAUAUUUCAUGUGAGUGAAUCUCUAACGUGUCUGCUGCCCAAUGUUCGCUCCCACUCUUUUGCAUCUGCGUUUCUUGUCCCCUUCAUCUGCCGCCCAAAGACCAAACAAGGCAAGGGCAGAAACUCUCUUGACGGCGUCGAGCAUCCGUACAGGCCGGGACGCUGGGUCGGGCUGUUCCCAUCCAAUUUCUCUCACACAUAUCCAUACACCAAGGGCUGCACAGCCUCAGGUCUCAGCGGCAUCUUUCUCACCAAUUUCUGCCCUUGUUCCACCCCCGGAGCGGACAAGACACCGCUCUCGCUCUCUCGUCCUUGUCGCACGUUCCCAAGACAAGGUACCUUGCCUUUUUUUUUUCUUACUGACGCACGCGCGCACAGCCCAGCAAUCAAUUAUUUGUCCCACGCCCCUCCCCCCGCCGACGCCCACUAAAAAAGAAGGGAAGAAAAAAGUCCAAAGCUCAAGCUCCCGCGACCUCCGCGCGCCGCGUACCGAAGCACCACCGGCGGCAGAAAGCAGCAACAGCUCCAGCUGCUACCUUAGCUCCAGUUCCAGUCCCAGCACUACCUUAGCAGCUGCAGCUGCACCUGUACUUUGUACCAGCACUCUGUCCCGCCAGCAAAGAGUGUCAUCAUUGCGCUUGAUACCACCUCACUCUCUUUUUUUCCCUCUUGUGCAGAUCUUUGAAAGGGACCAGGGGGUAACGCGAGGUAAGGAAAGAGGAAAAAAAAGAGAAGAAAACUUUACCCACCCCCACGACAAAGCAACGACUUGGAUCUCAACCACGCCAGACAAGAGGUCCCCAUUUCUUACUCAUCCACGUUGACCUCUCACGGAACACCAUCUUCCAAGAGACUCUCCAAGUCCGGAAGAUAUCGAGGCCCCCUCCCUGUCUCAAAAAGCCGCUCGCUCGCUCGCUCGCCUCGGACCUUCAGCCCAACGCUAUCCUAGCUGUUGCUGAGUCCUUCUACGGCUCCGUAGCUAUUCAAGAGCAACAUUCCGCUUAGCUUGGCUCGGCCCGAAUCGCUGAUUCUGGCUCUCAUUGACGCGCGCGAGCUCCUGCGCACCCUUUUCGUCAACAUCAUCUCUACCGAAGCUCCCCGCCGACUGACUCUUCACUCACCACGCGACAAUUAUCCGUCAAUCCAUCUUGCCGCCGGUCGCUUGCUGCAUCUGCGCAGCUACUCUACCACGGCACAACUAUCGCUUGCUCGGCCUAACGCGCCUGCAUAGCGACGUAACGACUCUCACCACUCACCGUCCGAGUCGGUGAGGUGCCGUUCUAAAUCAUGUCAACAUUUACUGCCCUCAAUGGGGGCUCACCAAAAAUGUCAGAACCGCCCAACCCGCCCGCCGACGCCAGUAGAGCCCCGUCAGACGAGCGCACCAAUGGACAAACCGCCCUUCCUGAGCCCAAAUCGACAGCCGCCGUAGAGCCCUCCCCAAGCCAGAGGGAGCCUUGGGCCGGCCCCAGCCAGGAAAGGUCCCCGUAUCAAACGGCAAAUUACCCCGACGUUGAUGGCUCUCAUAAGAGAAAGCGAUCAAACUCAGUAGAGCUGAGGCGAGAAGCUCCCGGGCGUCAGGAAAAGUCCCCGGAGACCGCUUCUCAACCCCACCCACCAGAAUCACGUGAACCCUAUGGAACGCCCUCGCGCGAUCAUCGCCCGUACGCUGAACGCGAAGAUUCAAGGGAACAGGGUGAGUCAUGGUAUUCACGCGAGGGAAGAGAAAGAGAGAGGGAGAGGGAGGAGAGGGGUUACUACGAUCAACCUUCUGCAACGUCUACCCAAGGUCAAUCCGAAGAGCAAAUUGGGGAGGCUCUGAGACGCGCCAACCAGAUGGAUGCGAAUGAUUACGACAACACCAGCCCUGACGGUGAUGAUCGAUCUAUGGCCUAUGGAUCUUACACACCUGGCGGAUCCCGUGACAUGCUCCAAUCCGACAAGGCGAAGAGAAAGCGAAACUUCAGUAACCGAACCAAGACGGGGUGUCUUACAUGCCGAAGGAGGAAGAAGAAGUGCGACGAGCAGAAGCCAGAAUGUAGCAACUGUCUUCGUGGAGGCUUUGUCUGUGCAGGAUAUCCUCCGCAGCGAAAUACAGCUUGGCAGAAGCCGGACAGCAAGGCCGCCGCCAUCCCCUUGGAGUCCAAAGACCCCAGCUACGUCCCACCUGGCGCAUAUGGUAUGCCACAGCAAGCUCCUUACGGCAGCCAGCCAGCUGUCGGACCAAGACGAGAGGCAUUACCUCCCUACCGUGGCCAACCCUUGCGGAUAGAUCCUCCUCAGGGCCGACCCCUACUGACUGACGACGACCGGCCGACAGCCUCGACGAUUCCCAGUGCAUCGGUUGCAAGCCCCGAGACCAAGCUAUCCGCCAUUCCCUACACUCCAGCGAACGCCUUCCCGACGCCAAUCAGUGCCCAAGGGCCUCCCCAUGCCCCCUUCUCGGAGAGAAAGGACUACCAGCGUGUGCCCCCGUUGCACGACAUUAGCAGGACUGUGCCGGAGCCGGAGACACCUCAUCCUGGCAAUGCGCUGCCGCAAAUCAACAUUCUGCACCCCACGAGGUCGAAUAGCCCCAUCCCGCAGCCUCCAGCAACUAGCAAUGCACAAGUCGCCGCGCAGCUAGCCUUAUCGCACACUCAGUUUUCUUCCAGCCGGUCUAGGACGACGAACAAGGAGGAUAUGCUUGCCGGCAAGCUCUACUACCCAUUCGAUAAGGAGCUUGUCCUUGAGCGCGAACGGUGCAGCGCUGCAUGUUGGCGAUUCAAUAACUCGACGAACCCCAACAACGGUGUCUCGCCAACCGAGCGAGGCCGCCUGUUCCGUGAGAUUUUGCAGCCUCGCGACCCUAUCCAAAUUUCGCCUACAGUUGCAUCGCCAGUGACCAACAUUGGAAGAGUGGGCGAGGACGUUGUUGUGGAAGCGCCAUUCACUUGCGACUACGGGUACAAUAUCUCUCUUGGCAAGAAUGUCGUUGUUGGCCGAAGUUGCACCAUCAUCGACACCUGCGAGGUCAAGAUUGGCGACAAUUGCCACAUUGGACCGAACGUGAGCAUUUACGCGGCAACGCUGCCCACCGACCCUAAGAAGCGCUUAGGUAGCAGGGGCCCUCAACUUGGCAAGCCUGUCACUAUCGAAGAGGACUGCUUCAUUGGUGGAGGCGUCAUUAUCCUGCCAGGCGUCAGGAUUGGGCGCGGGAGCACCGUUGGGGCCGGUGCGGUUGUCACCAAGGACGUCCCUCCCUUCACCAUCGCUGUCGGCAACAACGCUAGAAUUAUCCGCGGCAUUUCCUCCUAACACAGCACUUGGUCUCUGUCUGCUUCCCUAUCUCUUCCUCGCUGCUAUGAUACCCAGCUGCGUCUCAUUGUACAAAAGCGUGUGUGUAUGUGUUGUGAUUUUUUUUUUUUAUCUUAUUCCAUUUAUUCCAUAUCAUUUCUUAUUAUUGUUUCUACGAUUUGGAGCCAAGCGCAAGGAGCAAGAGAGGGAACCAUCAAAAAAGAGCCUGGCGUUUUCUAAUACAUUGGUUUCCUUGACACGAAGCUGGCUGGAUGGGGAAACAGGCCCCAUGGGCCUAGCUGAGCUAGUUGGAGAGAAAAGCACGGGGAGGCACCGGUUGCGUGGGGGUUUAGCUCUGGUAGCUCUAGACGGAGGCCGGAUGGACGAGCUUACUUACAUUGACAGCAAAAGGCUGUCAGUGCACAAGAGGAGGCAAACAGUGUCGAUGCGUUGUGUGUUGUGUGUAUGUAACUUGAUGCGGCGUAGGCAACGAGAUGUCGGGCAUGUCGUCCGGCAUAAGAUCGGUAGCUUUAUUGCAAGAG